CCUUAGUGCUCGAACUGGCGAGACAGCAGUUCACAAAGCUUUCCAUCAAAUGUUUUGAGGCGACAGGUCACAAUGAAGAUCCUGGUUUUCCUGGCUUUCCUGGUAUUAGUGGGCCCACAUGGCGCAGCCGCAGCGACUCACUCUCUGAAGUAUUUCUACACUGCGUCGUCUGGAGUCCCAAACUUCCCAGAGUUUGUGGCUGUUGGGUUGGUUGAUGAAGUUCAGAUGUUUCACUAUGACAGUAACACCAGGAGAGCAGAACCCAGACAGGACUGGAUGAGCAGAGUCACAGCAGGUGAUCCUCAGUACUGGCAGAGGGAGACUCAGAUCUCUCUGGCUGCCCAGCAGGUCUUCAAAGCCAACAUCGAAGUUGCAAAGCAGCGCUUCGACCAAACUGGAGGAAAAUGGCCAAAACAUUGUUCUAUGUAACUAAAGAGCAGGAUUCAUCUGUUAGGU